AUGGACCUUGCUAAGUUGGAAAGGAGACGCCAUUUGACUGGAUUAAAGAUAGAAGACGAUCCAACAAACAAGAAGCUUCUGCACGGCUUCACUUCACGCAGGCGAAGCUGCAGGACGACUCACGGCCGAGCUCAAGACAAACCGAUUAUUGUUUGGGUGGCGGAGAUCCGCGACCCGCACAAGGCCGCCCGCGUGUGGCUCGGCACCUUCGCUACGGCGGAGGACGCGGCGCGCGCAUACGACAGGGUCGCGCUCCUCUUCCGCGGCAGCAGGGCCAAGCUCAACUUCCCCGAGGGCGUCCGCCUUCUUCCUCCUCCGCUUCCGCUGCUGAUCCCCCGAUGCCGGGUGUGGCCGCAGUGA